CAAACCGUGGCCGCGGCCCACGUGGAGUUAAGUGCCCAAUCGGGAUUCUAGCUAGCCUUAUCUGUCAGCUCAUCCAGUAGCGUUGCUCCAAAACCCACGACAAGCCACAGAAUCCAGAUGCUGCCCCUCUAAGCUACUAAGAUGUGCGGAAGUAAGGUUGUAGAGGAGAGAUAAAAAGACAGCUUUCGCCCACUGUUGUUUGUUGUUCGGUUUGGGCUUCCAUCUUGUUUCCCGAGACGCAGUUUGAAGAGUCAAUCAAAUAUCCCUUUGAAUUUGUGCCUUCCCUGAGCAAAAGGUGCUUGGUGCCGUCGCUGUUCUUAUUCUAGGUCUACACAGCACACUGCAAACCCUGGUCUACUUCGUGACCUUGACCCUACCAAGAACCCGGAAUCGAUCAAUCCCACGCCUGCAUCUGCAGCACCAGAUCUUAAAGAUAUGGCCGCCUCAGCCACAAUUCCGAAACGAAUCUACAUAGGUACAUUCGUUCACAGCACAUCUCUCACGGACCUUGAUAUCUGCGAAAGCGGCGCCAUUGGUGUGAAUGAGAAUGGAGUCAUCGAAUUUGUCGACAGGGAGACCUCCUCGAUAACAGACCUUAAGUCCAAGCAUUCUUCCUACGAAGAUGCACAAAUCGUCAUCCCUACCAACAAGAAUGCCUUCUUCUUCCCCGGCUUCAUUGACACCCACACGCACGCUCCCCAGCACCCAAACACUGGUCUAUUUGGCAAGACUACUCUCCUCUCCUGGCUCGAAACAUACACAUUUCCCAUGGAAGCCAGUCUCUCUUCGCUUGAUAAGGCACGAACCGUCUACAGCAACUUCGUCUCCCGGACCUUGAGCCAUGGAACCACGACAGCUGCGUACUACGCCACUGUCCACGUGCCCGCGACCAAUCUCCUUGCCGACAUCUGCCUGAAAAGAGGGCAGAGAGCCCUGGUGGGACGCGUAUGCAUGAACACCAUGAGCCCGGAGUACUACCGUGAUGCCAGCGUUGAAGAUGCAGUUCGCGAUUCUAAAGCAUCAAUCGAUCACAUCAGAUUGAUAGAUCCCAAAGGCGAGAUCGUGCAGCCGAUUAUCACUCCGCGCUUCGCUCCUAGCUGUACUACUGAAGCACUUUCUGCACUAGGUGCCCUCCAUAGAGACACAGAUGCGCACAUUCAAACACACAUCUCUGAGAACAAAGGCGAGAUCGAGCUCGUGAAAGAGCUAUUCCCCCACAGUAAGAACUAUGCCGAUGUCUACGAUACCGCUGGUCUUCUCACCCCGAAAACGAUCCUCGCUCAUUGUGUGCAUCUCACCCCAGAGGAACGCAAGGUCAUACUCGCUCGGGAAAGCAAGAUUUCUCACUGCCCUGCCAGCAAUACUGCCAUUACAUCUGGAUGUGCUCCAAUUCGCUCAUUAUUAGCCGAGGGACAUACAAUUGGCCUGGGUACGGAUGUUUCUGGGGGGUUCUCUCCUUCUAUACUGGAAAAUUGCAGGCAAGCAAUUUGGGUAUCGCGGCAUUUGGCCAUGUCAGAGGGCGACAAUGUCAAGCUUUCCACCAACGAAGCCCUUUUCCUGGCUACCAGGGGUGGUGCAGAAGUAAUCGGACUUCAAGAUAAAGUGGGCGGGUUUGAAGUGGGCAAAGAGUGGGAUGCGCAAAUGAUUGACCUCGGCGAAGUGCCUGGCAGCGACGCUGAAGAGGCGUUUGAACGCGAUUUUAGUGAUGGACCUUGUGAUGUCUUCGGAUGGGAGAGCUGGCAGGAGAAAGUAGAGAAAUGGGUAUAUAGCGGAGAUGACAGGAACACAGUAGCGGUUUGGGUCAGAGGUCGGCUGGUUCAUAAGCACAAACGAUUCUCAACAUCAGCAAUGAUCAACUGAGGGGCAUGCUUCGGGCAUCAGUGGCACAAUUGUUCUUUAGAUUUGUAAAACGAGUUGAUUAGAAUCAGUAGAAGCGACUAAUAUAAAUCACUAGAU